AUGGCAUCCCCCCGUCUGGAGACUUUCUGCUGCCCGAACCGAGACGCGGCUACAGAGUUUGUGGUCACCUUCCAGCCCGUCUUGUUCGGGGCCCUGAGCCUGGGAAGCGCGGCUCUGAGCCUCCUGCUCGCUGUUCUACAGAUUCUGCCAAAACGCAAGGGCUACAGGAGACUCGGACAGUAUCCCCUGCCGAGGCCCGCGUCUUCCUCGCGGAUCUUGUUCAUCAUCAGUAUCUGUGACAUACUGGGAUGCGCAGGCAUCGUCGUAAGGUCAUCGGUCUGGCUGGGCCUGCCGACCACCAUCGACCAGAUCUCAGAGGCCAACAACACCGAUGUCUGGCCCGAGGUCUUCUGCGUGAGCAGCGCGAUGUGGAUCCAGCUGUUUUUCAGCGCCUCUUUUUGGUGGACCUUUUGCUAUGCCGUCGACGUCUUCCUGGUGGUGAAAACGUCUGCGGGAAUCAGCACCAUCAUCCUCUACCACAUGAUCACAUGGGGUCUGGCCGCGCUGCUGUGUGCCGAGGGGGUGGCCAUGCUCUACUAUCCAUCCAUCUCCGAUUGCGAGCAGGGCCUCCAGCACGCCGUCCCCCACUAUGUCACCACCUACGCGCCGAUGCUGCUCGUCCUCGUGGCCAACCCCGUCUUCUUCAGCCGAACCGUGUCUGCAGUGACGUCUUUACUAAAAGGACGACAAGGAAUCUACACGGAGAACGAGAGACGGCUGGCCAACGAGAUCAAAAUACGCUUCUUUAAAAUAAUGCUGGUGUUCUCUAUUUGCUGGGUUCCCAACAUCAUCAAUGAGAGCCUCCUCUUCUACCUGGAGAUGCAGCCGGACAUCAACGACAGCGGUUUCAGGAAUGUCAGAAACGCAGCCCUCAUCACAUGGUUCAUCAUGGGUAUCCUGAACCCCAUGCAGGCUUUCCUUAACACCCUGGCCUUCCACGGCUGGACAGGCUUCGACGUUGACCUCAGCCUGAAGCGGAGGAGGGAGCUGGCCUGGGACUCGGUUUCUACUUCAGCGCCUAACGCAGCUGGCCACAACCCCAUGGUGGGGACAACUCUGCUCUACCAGAGUCAUGUCCAAGAAGCCAAGAAGAACCUGAUGGGCAAUGGACAGAACCAGUCCGACGCCAUCAGUGUCCUCUCAGAAGGUUCAGAGUCUAGUACAGUUGAAAUCCACAUUUCCAGCGAGCUACGAGACUAUGAGGAUGUAGACGCUGAUGGAGAAUCCUUGGAGAACUCUGAGAGGCAGUAGCUGGGGUCAACAGCAAACGGCCUCCCUCUACAUUUGCGGUGUGACAUUGCUCUAAAGUUGCUUUUGUUUAAGAUUGUCUCUUCUUAGUCCUAUUGUCCUCUUGAGAACUUUCCCAGAUAUUAACUGGUCACGAGAUUUCAUUAGCUGGUAUGACAGAAUUAGUCUCAUUCUUGAGUCCAAGCCUUUUAUUUUUCUCUAAGCUAUUUAAAUCUGUCUGCAGUACAGUGUAGUGUUACUUUGCAGACCCAUCAACGUGUACAGCAGCUGAACAGUCCCAAAGCCGCUGCACAGUCUCAUGUAGCAGUCAGUCAGCAGGACAAACAUGACAUUUUCUCAUUAAUAACACACAGGCUGGGCUUUAAAGUUGCCUUAAGUGCUUGAGGAAAUAUUUCCCCAGGAAAAUUCUCUGGAUUGGAUGCAUACUGUGAUAUGCACUCUUGCCAUUCAACUCCUAAGGCACAAAAGAAUGUAAUAAGUUAACUAGUGUCUUUUUUUUUUUUUUAAACAAAGUAACUGUAUUUCCAACAGUCCAUCUUGUAUUUUUGCACGCAUUUUUGCAUUUUAUACUAUAUUAAAUAUCCAAAAUAUUUCUUAAGACUUUGUCUGUGACACUUUCUUAAUAUC